AUGGCCAAGGCAGUGCUCGAAGUCCUUGCUGUGGGAGCCAUUCAGCUCCCAGAUAUAGAAGUAAUGCGGGGGUUUGGAGUGAAAAUGGACUCGUACUUGGCUCUCCAGCUGGGCAACAGCACUGCCAAGACCAAGAAAGCAUAUGGUGGCGGGCGGAACCCCAACUGGCAAGAGGUGUUGCGUCUUGAGUUGCAGCCAGACACCCAUGAACUCCUUAUCAGCGUGCGAAAGUACAGCAAGAUCUCGGCGCAUGACGAGAUAGCGCGAGGCAGCAUUUCCUUGCCUGGCUGGGAGCAGCAGGGUGGACAAUCCUGGGACCAGCGAGUGGCCCUGCAGCCCGCCCGUGCUGGGAAGGGCUCUGCCUGGGGAGGAGAGGUGCUCCUGAAGUUGCAGUACACCACUCUCCAGGAAGCAUCCUCCACUUCUGAUGUCACGUGGCCUAGCGCCUCGCUGGACGGCGCUUCCCAGUCAAAUAGCCUGCCACCCCUGCCUGCCCAUGCAAGCGGUGGGGAUCAGGCGCAACCUCUGUCAUCAGCCGGGGCCAGUGCAUCGCUGAGCAGGCUGAUGAACAAGCUGCAGAAGCCCAGAAAGUCGCGUGUCACCGGUGACGCGACCCCUGUGCCAGUGUUGCCGCUGGACAGCGCUGAUGGAGAGACCUCCACGGGCCAGUCCCCCAGGCAGUUCUCACUGCAGAAGGCCCUGGACAAGAUGCUCAAGAGGGUGGGAGGCAAGGAGAAGGAUCGCGCCGGCUCCGUCGGAGAGCCAGGCUAUGUGACUGCAGAGGACAGUGACACUGUCUCGCGUCGCAGCAGCAUUGCCAGCCUGACAGAGCCCCCAAUCCUCGUGCACGAGCCUCAUGGCGCUGCUGCAGCAGAGUCUGCUCAGGAUAGACAUCGCGUCAUACCAGGGUGGCAGCAGACGGAGCAGGCGCCGGUCCUUCCAACGCACACCUCCACCAGCACACAGACCGACAGCCCUCGCCCGCAAGUGUCAGCCUCCAGCCAUGCAUCGUCACAGCCGUCCCGGGAGGCCCCACAGGAGGCGCUGUCCGUCCCUCGUCAGUCAGACCAGACUCUGUCGCCCCAGCCCAGCUCCCUCCAGAACGAGCCCAUCUUUGAGGAUAGGGCAUCAGAGAUGAGCACCGCCAUUUCGUCUGUGUCCCGGGGCGUGCAGAGUUCCUCAGACGACCUUCAGGCGGUCUCAGCACUUCCAGCAGUCAGCCAGCACUCAGCCCGGCCUCCAUCGUUCCCCACACCUCCCUCCCCCUUUGCUGCAGUCCAGGAGGAGUGCAUCCUGGCGGAUGCUGCGCAGGCCAGUCACAGCAUGCCGCAUGCCCACGCAGCAGCCUUGACCAGUGCAGAGCUCUCUAGCAGCGCAGAGGCAUCCUUGACCAGCGCGCUUUCAGGUUUGCCUUCAGAGGGUGCCAAUCACAGUGCUUCGGAGCCUGCAGCAAUGGCAGCUGCCCAAUCGGCUGAGGCAAUCCCUGCAGCCCCAAGGGAUGGGAGGGUAUGGCUGGAGCACCUGGACACAGCCUACCGCAGGCUUCAGGGCAGCACAGAUGCAGUGGGUACCAGCGGAAGCACGGCCUCCGAGAUGAACGGCCACGCAGCGGGCUCUUCUUCGGGUUCUCCUUCAGUCAGUGCAGCAUCAGCUGGGGAAAAUCUCAGGAAUGUGACAGUUCCAGAGGCGUCACGGUUCUCUGCGGCUCCACGAUCGAGCAGCCAGGCGCACCCCAUCUGCUCAACAGCGCGUGCCAGAGGCUUCAUUGCGGUGCAGCCGCUAGGGAGUCCAUUCGCAGACCAUUCAUACAUGGAGGAGAGCAGGAUACCGGGUCGCGGCUCGUUGCUGGCUCGUGACUCAGGGGCAGCCGGCCCUUCAGAGCUGCUCACCAGCUCAUCUUCCAGGCAGAUGGUGUGCAUGGCAGAUGAGGAGUUCCAGGCUGGCCUGAAGAGCAUGCCAGCGCGCAUCCCUCCCCUCCCAAAUGCUAUCAGCCAGGAGAAUGGGUGUGGCAGUGAGGAUGAGCAUAUGGAAGCAAGUGCCCCUGAGUUGCAUGAUGCUGAGGUGCCGCAUGUUGGGCCCCUGCCCCUCCAACCCAGGCUGUCUGCCGCAUUACAGGAUGAGGAGAAUGAGCACGAUGGCGCUGAAGGUGAGCAACCGCAGCCGCCGCCGCUGCCUGCAGGGCGAACGAUGCGCAAAACACUGUCACGGAAGUCGCCGUUCCUGCCGGAGGUGCUGCAGGCGCUGAAUGACUACAAUGACAUCGUGUUCUGCGAGGAAUAUGGCAAGAAGGUGCUCCUUGGCGAGGGAUCUUUUGGCGAGGUGUACAAAGCCAGCUACCUGGACUGUGACAUUGCAGUCAAGAAACUCAAUCGGAUCAAUGACGCCAAGUCGGAGGAAGCCUUCCGGCAGGAGUGUGCCAUCCUGAAGGCCUGCCGGCACCCCCACAUUGUCAACUUCAUGGGCGUGUGCAAGGAUGAGGUUGGCAGGAUCUGCCUGAUGACGGAGCUUAUGGACACAAGCCUGAUGAGCGCGCUGCUGAUGCCGGACGAUGCCAACAAGGAAGUCCACUACUACAACCAGGGUCGCUACAUUCUGAUGUGUGUGGCCAAGGCGCUCAUCUACCUCCACAAACAUGACAUUGUCCACCUGGAUGUGAAGUCAGCCAAUGUGCUGCUGAAGAAGGGAGAUGCCAAGCUGGCCGACGUGGGCCUGUCCUUGAUGCUGAGCAAGUCCUUCGCCAACUCCUGCUCUGGGAUGGGCACCUUCUCCUGGGCUGCCACAGAGCUGCUCCUGGGCUCUCACCCUGUGACCACAGCGUCGGACAUCUUCUCCUUUGGUGUGCUGCUGUGGGAGGUGUGCACUCUCGAUCAGCCGCAUCUCCGCCACAUGCGCGACAUCACACCUGAAGAGGCUCCGGAGCAGAUCCGCCAGCUGUUCUUCGACUGCGUCAGGGAGGACCCAUACAGCCGUCCCACUGCAAAACAAGUCCUGCAGGUGUUGCAAGAGAAUUGA